CCGAGGACGAGAAGCCACCUCACGCUCCCGUCCCGUCUGCCGAAGCAACAUGCCCGCUCGUCUCCGAGAACGCACCACCCGCUUCACCGCCGCGCCCCUGCUUCCGCCGCCGCCCGCCACCACCAUGGUGCUCGAGGCGACGAUGAUCUGCGUGGACAACUCGGAGUGGAUGAGGAACGGGGACUAUCCGCCAUCGCGGUUCAAGGCGCAGGCCGACGCCUUCGCCAUCCUCUGCGCCGCCAAGACGCAGGCGAAGGAGAGCACGGCGGGGGUGCUGGCCAUGGCAGGGGCGGGCAAGGGCGUCAGCGUGCUCGUCACGCUAACCAACGACUUCAGCAAGGUCCUAUCAAGCAUAAACGGGCUGCAAAUUGGUGGUGAAGCAAACUUGAUUGCUGCUAUCCGGGUCGCUCAGCUUGCACUCAAGAAUCGGAAGAACAAGCAGCUGCAGCAGAGAAUAAUUGUUUUUGUUGGCAGCCCAGUAAAAGAUGAGAAGAGCUCGCUAGAAGUGCUAGGGAAAACUCUGAAGAAGAACAAUGUUGCUCUUGAUGUUGUUGACUUCGGUGAAUCUGAUGAUGAAAAGCCUGAGAAACUAGAAGCUCUUGUUGCUGCAGUCAAUAGUGGAGGCAACAGUCAUAUAAUUCAUAUCCCUGCAGGAGGUGUCCUUUCUGAUGAAAUCUUCAGUUCACCAAUAUUAUCAGAAGACCCAGGAAGUGAUUCUGCUGCUGCUGCUAGUGGAGCAUCAAGUUUUAAAUUUGGUGUGGACCGAGAGCUGGCGCUAGCACUCCAGAUCUCUAUGGAAGAAGAGAGAGCAAGGCAAGAAGCUGCUGCAAAAAAAGCCAGAGAAGAAUCGUCCAAAACUGGAAGUGAAGGCCAAUCUUCAACCUCAAACGGUGACACUGUUAUGGCUGACACAGAACCUGAAGCAAAUUCAUAUACUGAAGAUGAAAAACUUCUGCAUAUGGAUGAGGACGAGAUAUUGCGACAAGCUGAAGAAAUUUCUAUAGAAGAUUUUAGGUGUGAUGAACAGUUAGAGGGUGUCACAGAUGAGGCGACGUCAGCUCUUCAGACGACUUUUCAGGAAGAAGAAACUGGAACUCAGUCUGAUGCAAGUAAAGUUUUUGGCAAUCAACCAUUUGCGCAAUCAGUGCAGCCAAGGAGGCCGCCAAAGAAGUAUAGAAGGCAUUCGAAGAAGAAACCAGAAAAGAAGCAUGAGAAGAAGGAAGAUGAGCCUGAGGGUGACAAGAGUCAAUAGUUAGUACGCCCCAUUGUGAGAUUCGAUUGACAGACUUCAUCGUGCCCGCUUACUCUGUGACGGAACUGUAAGUACGUAUGUCCCCGACGUCCGACGAUCACCUCGAGUUUUUCAUUCUGGGUAUAUUGUGAAAUGGAAGCGGACAAGUGGUGGUAGCUUUACUGUCAGCUUAGACUUGAUAUUCCCAAAAAUUGCUCAAAAGGGAUAUUGUGUUGUGAAUCUGACUGUUUGUUGAGACUUGAGAGAGUAAGAGUUUCAGUAUAGCCAAUGAUGGAGAGGAGAGGAGAGGAGAUGGUACUCUCUGUUUGCAGCAAAGUUAUUACAUUACAUUGUUGUACACCUUGGAUUUCUCUGCACAGUCUUUCUUAUCAUUCUAGAAAAGGCUGCCGCAGAGGCAGAAGCAGAAGCACAGAAUAAAGUUACCCUGAA